UCCUUGUGUCAGCGUGCUUUUCUUAAGCAGGCUGCCGUCGUCCAAGGGGACUUGCUUCUGUUGUGACUUGCGCGCUGUUGCACGCCUCCUCAGACGCUUCCGUCGACGCCGUUCGAUGCUGCAAAGAUGGCGUUCGUGCCCACGGAACCGAAGUUGCCACUCAAGUUGCAACGUCAUUGAUGACUGUCAUAUGCAGGAACUGCCUUUGCAGCGGGGAAAGUCUUCGUAAGCUUUACGAGAGCUCAUGCGUGAAAUGUUGAACUUCCUAUCGUCUGCCGGUUACUGAUCAUCACUCUUCUCCGUGAUUGUUUCGUUGACGCUUUCUUCUGUAGUUGACGACCUGCGCUGUCUACACCGCCAUGUCCGGCUUUUCGACGUCAUACUUCUCAACCACCGAUCUCCCAACGUUGGCCAGGCAUCUUCUGACCCACGGGCCCCGCAAAGUCCUACCUACCCCACGUCGCGUCCGCGUCCUCUUCAACCGCGCAUACAUUGUAGACACCACCUCUGCGCUGCUCGUAUGGGAACACGAUGCGUUCCCUCAGUACUACAUACCCAAGUCUGCACUGCGCAAUUGUAUCGUUGGGACAGAAGCGAUUGUCAAAUUGAGCGACGGGACCGCUGGAGGAGCGAUCCUCAGUCUACGUGUGCCGGACGGAAAGGCCGCACCUGAACCGGCGCGCGCCACGGACAGAGUCAUUUGCUUUUACGAAGAUGAGAAAAUAGCCGGCCGUCUCGCCGGACUCGUCCGACUAGAGUUUGGAAGUAUGGAUCAAUGGUUCGAGGAGGACGCCCCCAUCUAUGUGCACCCCAAAGAUCCCUUCAAAAGGAUCGACAUAUUGCCCUCGUCCCGGCAAAUUGUGGUCAAGCUUCUUGGGCACACGUUGGCGACAGCAAAUCAUGCACUUCACUUGUACGAAACCAGCCUGCCCGUGCGCUACUAUCUACCCUUUGGCUCCAUCGACACAAGCGUACUGAGGAAGAGCAAUCUAGUGACGAAGUGUCCGUACAAGGGCGAGGCAGAGCAUUUUCAUGUGGUGCUUGAUGGCGUGGAGCACAAGAAUCUCGUGUGGUUGUAUCGCAUUCCAACCGCGGAGAGCGCGGCCAUCGCCGGAUCCCCGUGCUUCUACAACGAGAAGGUUGACAUAUACAUUGACGGGGUCCUGCAAGAGAGGCCAAAGACACAUUUUGCUUGAGUCUCUUCCUGGGCGUGAGUCUGACUCUCUAGAAGGGUUAGUGAUGAACGUAGGGUUACUGGGUUGUUCACCGUGUGCAUUCUCGAUCAACUACAGAGUAGUAUAAGCUUAGGCGACAGCGCACUUCCAGUGUUUACUUGCGUAAUUCAGUCACCACUUAAUUGUUUUACAA